UGGCGGAAUAAGAUAAGGAUUUCAAGCCCCACCUCUCGUUCUCCUAUUCCGCUUCUGGUUUUUCUUUGCCUAUUUCGAAGGAAGAAAUCGAGGCGGAUAAAGUUUUUCUCUUGUUUGGGCUCCGGAGGUUUCUGUCUUCGUUUCCUUGGAGAAUUUCUCAGAGCACGACGAGGAAUGAAGAAGUUGUUGUAACUGCUGCUGGAAGUUUUCGGUGAGAUCUACCCGAGAUGAAUUCUGUUAUCCCUUCUUCUAUUACCAAUGUUUCUCUCAUUCCCGGGGCCACCUUUUCUUUGAAGAAGAGCAAUUGUUCCGGCAAACAUGGAUUCUCGGGUAAACCUGGAAAACAUCUUCUGUCCUCGCAAAGAUUUGUCCUGCCUCUAUCAACCUCGCUUAGAUUGUUUCCAGCAUUUUCAAGGCAGUAUGUGUUGUUGCUUCCUCGGGAUAGAAUCUCAGCAUUGCCAGCUACCGAGACUGAUGCAGCUGUAGAGGAACAGGAGGAUUCAUCUGCUGCUGCUGAAAACUCGGGAGGAGACUCAGAUCAAACGAAUGUGGUUGAAGCAAAUGAAAAGACAGAAGCAGCUUUUGUGGCAUCUCAGUCAAGGAGAACUCGACCUGGUAGGAAGAGUGAAAUGCCGCCAGUUAAGAAUGAAGAGCUGGUGCCCGGUUCUACCUUUACCGGGAAAGUACGAGCAAUCCAGCCCUUUGGUGCUUUCGUCGAUUUUGGAGCCUUCACUGACGGUCUAGUCCAUGUCUCACAGCUGAGUGACACUUUUGUUAAGGAUGUUUCAAGUGUUGUCUCCAUCGGUCAAGAGGUGAAAGUAAGAUUGGUGGAAGCUAAUUUCGAGGCUGGGCGUAUUUCCCUUAGCAUGCGCGAAAACGAUGACUCCCCUAAACGCCAGUCCGGUAGUGAAAAGCCAAGACCCCCGAGAAAAAAUGGUUCAAAACCGAUGAGGAAGAAGGAAGAUGUGAAAACUUCAAAGUUUGUGAAGGGGCAGAUGUUGGAAGGGACAGUGAAGAACUUAACGAGGUCAGGAGCUUUUAUAUCACUCCCCGAGGGUGAAGAAGGUUUUCUUCCCACUGCUGAAGAAGCGGAUGAUGGGCUUGGAAGCAUGAUGGGUAGCUCUUCACUUCAAGCUGGACAAGAGGUUAGUGUACGUGUGUUGCGGAUAUCAAGAGGGCAGGUCACUUUAACGAUGAAGAAUGAAAACGACGAUAAAUUCGAUGAAACACUCAGUCAAGGGGUUGUUUAUACCGCAACAAACCCGUUUCUGGUUGCAUUCCGUAAAAAUAAGGACAUAGCCACUUUUCUGGACAAACGGGAGGAAGAGGCUGAGAAGGAAGCUGCUGAGAAAACAGUAGAGGUUCUGACUGAAUCAGACGUGGUUAAGGACGCUGUCACUUCAAAUGAUAUCGACGAAUCAUUAGCUGGACCUGGAACUGAAGAAUCUGAUAAGGCAUUUGGUUCAUCUGAAGGAACCAUUGAACAGAUUCUGUUAUCAGAAACUCCAAAAGAAGAAGUGCAAACAGAAACACUCGUUCCGGCUACUGAAGAAGCCGAUAAGGAACAGAUUCUCUCAUCAGAAACUGCAAAGGAGGAAGAAGUUGUGGAGGCCAACUCUGAAGAUGAUUCCUCAGCUAGAGAAGUGCAAACAGAAACACUCGUGCCAGCAGCUGAAGGUUCCUCGGACAAAGAAGAAGUGCAUGGUGAAACAGGCAUUACAGCAGCUGAAACCGAAGAGCCGGAGAAAAUUCCAGAUGACAAUGGAAGUGUCAUUAGCUCGGAGGCAAAACCCGAUGUCCCUCCCGUUCUAGAAACCAAGGAUGAAGAGGAGAACUCUACACUUCCAAAUUCAACUACUGAUGAAGUUUCACCUUCAGAAACUCCAGCAAGUGAAGAGGUUGAGAAAUCGGAAGUGGUUGCUGAAGCACCAGUUCCUCUAGAAGCAGAAGCUUCUUCUCAGGAAAAUAGCAAUGCUGCCGAUGCAGAUGGUGGUUCCCCUGGUGAAAGCAUCAAAGCAAGCAUAUCACCAGCUCUGGUGAAGCAGCUUAGAGAAGAAACAGGGGCAGGUAUGAUGGAUUGCAAGAAAGCUCUAUCAGAGACUGGGGGCGAUAUGGUCAAAGCUCAGGAGUUCCUCCGCAAGAAGGGUCUAGCUGGUGCAGAGAAGAAAGCCAGCAGGGCCACGGCCGAGGGAAGAAUCAGUUCUUAUAUCCAUGACAGCAGAAUCGGUAUCCUCUUGGAGGUCAAUUGCGAGACAGAUUUUGUCUCACGUGGUGAAAUUUUCAAGGAGCUUGUUGAUGAUCUUGCAAUGCAGGUGGCUGCUUGCCCUCAAGUGGAGUACCUCGUCACAGAAGAUGUUCCAGAAGAAAUUGUUAACAAAGAAAAAGAGAUAGAGAUGCAAAAAGAAGACCUGUUGUCAAAACCCGAGCAGAUAAGGGAGAAGAUAGUCGAAGGUCGGAUAAAGAAGAGGCUAGAGACACUAGCAUUGCUCGAGCAGCCCUACAUUAAGAACGAUAAGGUGAUAGUGAAGGAUUGGGUGAAGCAGACAAUUGCAACCGUGGGAGAAAACAUCAAGGUGAAGAGAUUCGUAAGGUACAACCUUGGAGAAGGUCUGGAGAAGAAAAGUCAGGACUUUGCUGCUGAGGUGGCUGCUCAAACCGCUGCUAAAACAAAGGCUGAACCAGAUAAGGAACAACCAAAAGCCGAGGAGGAGACCAAGGAAACUGCCGAAAAGCCAGUAACAACAGUGGUUUCAGCUGCUCUUGUGAAGCAGCUGCGGGAAGAGACAGGAGCUGGGAUGAUGGAUUGCAAGAAAGCCCUGGCAGAGACAGGAGGAGAUCUUGAAAAAGCACAGGAAUAUCUCAGAAAGAAGGGUCUUUCAACUGCAGAUAAAAAAUCAAGCCGGCUUGCAGCUGAAGGCAGGAUUGGCUCAUACAUCCAUGAUUCUCGUAUUGGAGUUCUGAUCGAAGUGAACUGUGAGACGGAUUUUGUCGGGAGAAGUGAAAAGUUCAAGGAAUUGGUUGAUGAUCUUGCUAUGCAAGCAGUGGCUAAUCCUCAGGUGAAAUAUGUCUCCAUUGAAGACAUCCCAGAGGAGAUAAGGAACAAGGAGAAAGAGAUUGAGAUGCAGAGAGAGGACAUUUUGUCCAAACCGGAGAACAUAAAGGAGAAGAUAGUUGAGGGGAGAAUCUCCAAGAGGCUGGGAGAGCUUGCACUGUUAGAGCAACCUUAUAUUAAAGAUGACAGUGUCCUGGUGAAGGACCUGGUGAAGCAAACAGUGGCUGCCAUUGGUGAAAACAUCAAGGUCAGGAGGUUUGUCAGAUUUACUCUUGGAGAAUAGACAACUGAGGCAUGGGAUCACACAGCAAGUAGAGCAAUUUUUUUCAACGAGAACUUUUCUUGAUUGUUAUUUUUGUUGUGAUUAAAGCAAAUUAAUCCCUUAAUUUGUUAAGUGAAGAAUCCUGAAUUUGUGAAAUGUUCUCCACAUAUGUAAUAGCGUUUUUUUUUUUU